UAUUUCAUGGUUCUAUCAAAGCAGCAGUAAAAAAAAUACUCUUGACGCAUGAAAAUUAACUGGUGAGGGGCCUCAUUGCUAUUUUUAAAUUGUAGUUUUAUUUUUAAAUAGUCUUUUUUUAAUCAGAGGAUCAGAUGCAUGACUUUUUUUUUAAUGGAUGCAGAUCUUCUAUCCGGUGUCUCACAAUAAAUUCAAGAGGAUUUUAGUUUGCCAGAAAUGUUGCAAAUGCACUAAUUUUAGCAAGAUGUCGAUACUUAAUAUUAUCCUCUUGAGACAUAAUUUUGCAUGCAAAAUUAUCCCAUAAUCUUUGUAGGUUUGUUAAUAAUGAUGCAUUAAUGCCCUAUAUCUAAAUCUUCUCCCUUCUCCCCCCCUCCAUAACUCUUGGUAUCUAAAUUGAUGACAGCUCUGACACAAGCAAGAUAACAGUGCUGUGUAGUAUACAUUUGUUUAUAUUAUCGGCACUUCUCAGUUUAGGUGGAAGGAACCAUUACCUUUAUUUAACAGUGGUUUUUCUUUUUUGUUGUUGUGUUUUACAGUUCUUUUCCCUGGUUCAGCCUGAACUAUAUACCAGGCCCUGCUGAAAAUACCACCCAACAGUUUUCUUCUGCAGCUUAUCCAGUUUCUCUUAAGUGCCCUGUACAUAUUGUAUGUUUUAUGAUGAGAUGCAGUUUCUUAAUAUGUAUUACAGAAAUACUACUGGUAUUUGCAAAUAUGUAGUUUAAUUGUAUUAUUGAACUCUCAUUUUGGGGGCUUGGGCACAUUAACAGAUUAAUCCAUCUGUAUAGGGCUUUUGCUGUUGGAUAGAAUUUAAAUUGUCUACAUAAAUAUUUGUCUCAGGACCCUUAGAUUUUAUCUGAAUACACAGAUUAGGCUUUAAAAACAGACAUACAUGUUGUUUUUGGCUUUAGGAGUUUGGCUAAGUUAGCUUUUGAACUGACACUAUGUAGCAGCAUUUUUUGGUAUGGUUAGCAUGGCACAUAUUGGAACAUAAAGCAUUUUACUGUACAGGUAAGGAAUGUGCCAUGUUUUACUUAUUCUCUCUCUCUUUCCCUCUCACUCACUCCCACACACAUCCUGUGUGUGUUCAGAGACCUUCAGAAACAUUCAUAUUCAUUUUCAUGAGUCAGCAAAAGCCCUACUCUUGAUUCAACAGAAUAUUUCCUUUACAUACUUUUUUCUCUUAAUUUUUACAAAAUUGUAUGGUAGGUGUAAAAGAAAAUCAUAGUAACUGUACCAUAUUAUUAACCCCUAAAUCAAACUUUUUUUGUCUUGUGUAUCUUGAUUUUUCUGUGUGCUUUAUAGUGAAGCAGCCGACACGAGUCGUUGUUCAUAAAACAGCUUUUGAAAGUUGAGAGCACACCCCUGGAGAACCGACUGUGCUUGCUUACGUUUGGUUCAUGACUUAAAAAUCGAGUACAGGAGUUAUUCCUGAUGAGACUAAGGCUUUGUCUCUGUUGGCACCAGCUAAUGCAGUGGCAGGUCUUCUGCCUGGUGGUGGACUCCUGCCUACUCCUAACCCACUUACCCAGAUUGGCGCUGUUCCAUUGGCUGCUUUGGGAGCUCCUACCCUUGAUCCUGCCCUUGCUGCCCUUGGGCUUCCUGGAGCUAACUUGAACUCACAGUCUCUUGCUGCAGAUCAGUUGCUGAAACUUAUGAGUACUGUUGAUCCCAAAUUGAAUCAUGUCGCUGCUGGUCUUGUUUCACCAAGUCUGAAAUCCGAUACCUCUAGUAAAGAAAUAGAGGAAGCCAUGAAGAGAGUACGAGAAGCACAGUCCUUAAUUUCUGCUGCUAUAGAACCAGAUAAGAAAGAAGAAAAACGAAGGCACUCAAGGUCAAGAUCACGUUCUAGGAGGAGGAGGACUCCCUCAUCUUCCAGGCACAGGCGGUCAAGAAGCAGAUCAAGAAGGCGAUCACAUUCUAAGUCAAGGAGUAGACGACGAUCCAAAAGUCCAAGACGGAGAAGAUCUCAUUCCAGAGAGAGGGGUAGAAGGUCAAGGAGCACGUCAAAAAACAGAGACAAAAAGAAAGAAGACAAAGAAAAAAAACGUUCCAAAACACCACCAAAAAGUUAUAGCACAGCCAGACGUUCCAGAAGUGCUAGCAGUUUGCACAUUUGUUGUUCUAGAGAGAGACGACGACGAAGAAGCAGAAGUGGCACAAGAUCUCCUAAAAAGCCUAGGUCUCCCAAAAGAAAAUUGUCUCGCUCACCAUCCCCUAGGAGACAUAAAAAGGAGAAGAAGAAAGAUAAAGACAGAGAAAGAAGCAGAGAUGAAAGAGAGCGAUCCACAAGCAAGAAGAAAAAAAGUAAAGAUAAGGAAAAGGAACGGGAAAGAAAAUCAGAGAGUGAUAAAGAUGUAAAACAGGUUACACGGGACUACGAUGAAGAGGAACAGGGGUAUGACAGCGAGAAGGAGAAAAAGGAGGAGAAGAAACCAGCAGAACCAGGUUCUCCUAAAACAAAAGAAUGUUCUGUGGAAAAGGGAACUGGUGAUUCACUAAGAGAAUCCAAAGUGAAUGGGGAUGAUCAUCAUGAAGAAGACAUGGAUAUGAGUGACUAAACCAUGCCUCUAUGGGAAUCUAACUGUGUACAUGCAUCAGUGUCAUUCCUGUGUGAUUUCUUAAUGCUGUAUUUGUUCAUCUCAAACCUAGAUGUAUACAGCUCUGAGUCAUAAAUGGUUAUAAAGCUCCUGAUGUUGAUAUUAGUUAUUUACAUCCAAAAGCUUUAAGGAAGAUGAUACAGGGGUAACCAAUUCGUGACAGGGUGAAAUCCGAUUGAGUAACCAAGCAGUUUUACUAUUCUGGUGCUGCUUCAUAACAAAAAUGAAAAGCUGCAUGCAUCUACAGCGGGCAUGGAUUGUUUAUGUUGUAUGAGCUCCUUUAUUAAGUAAGUUCACUUAUAGUAUUUCUAGAAUUUGAUUCAUUGCCGUAAUAGAGCCAUGUAGGGAAUGCACUGAUUGCAUGUUAAUUGUGGCAGGAAUAUCCUAAAUGUCAUUAAAAUCCUUCAACAUGAUGGAUCUACUUAUGGUCGUUUGUUGACAUGACAAAUUAACCUUCUUAUAGUUACAUCUGGAAAUGAGCAUUUGAAAUAGAUAAUCCUUUAAGCCUUGUGGCUAAAUUUUUGUGGCUUUUGUUUAACUUUGAAAGGUUAUAUAUGCACUAACCUUUUUUGAUGGCUAUAAUUAGGCUUUAAUUACAGAAACAAGAUUUCAAAUGAAACUGUCUUUGGCAGUAAGUAAAUAGCAUAUUUUGAAGUAGAGUUGUAUACUUUUUCAUAAGGUGUUUGGGAAUUUUUUUUCCUAAAAUAAUUUAUUCCACAUCUACAUCAGUGAAAGCUGUUUUUGCCUAUCCUGAAGUCCAUCUGUAAAAGAAAGUUAGCUCUUGUCCUGAGUUUGUUUUCCACACUUUUAUUAAUUUGUUUUAAUCUCAUUGUUGGAAAAGGGGGAUAGUGCAUUUUAAAUUGACCUUCAUAUGCUUUUAAAUAAGACAAAUCUACUUGAUAAUGUACUUUUUAUUUGAUCUCAAGUUGUAUAAAACCAAUAAAUUUUGUGUUACUGUUACCGCAGUAGUAAUCUUAUGCACAGUGAUUCCAUGUUAAAUGCAAAGUAGUUAGGCAGCUGUUUUCUUACAGGAGUUUUCAAGCUUUACUUUUGUGCAGUAAAAACAAAAGUAGGCUACAGUCUGUGCCAUGUUGAUGUACAGUUUCUGAAAUUGUUUUACAUGACUUUGAUAAUAAAACCCUUAAACUUA